AAACGAGAUUAAAGUCAAAGCCUCUUUCUCGCGCUGGCGGGCUCCUUGCACCUGACUCAGCGUCAGUUUGCUGGCUUUUCUGUGGGCAAAUGAAGCUCGGAGACAAAAAGUGAGGAUGCUGCUGCCCAGGUGGUUGCUGGGUCUGUGUUUGUGGUGGCUGAGUGUUGCAGAAGUAUGGACCGCUACCUUCAAGUUGGCACUCAUUGGUCCCUGGUCCUGCGAUCCGAUGUUCUCCAGGGCAAUGCCAACAGCGGCGGCCAACUUGGCGCUCUCAAGGUUACGAGUUGACCGCAGCCUAAGCCGGGGCUAUUGGUAUGAUGUCAAACUGUUGGAUGAGGAAUGUUCCACUUCUAAAGCUUUAAUAGAACUCGGUGACAUGGAAGGUUACGGUCACGCCUACGUGGGACCUUUUAAUCCUGCCCUAUGCCACGCUGCCUCUUUAUUGGCUCAACACUGGGAGGCGGGGCUUGCGUCGCCCAGCUGCCUGGAUGCCGACUGGCCCAACCUGCCACCCAUCCCUCGCCCCAGCGCGGUCCUGUUCGCCGUGCUCCGGUUCUUCCACUGGGCGCACGUUGGCGUCAUCUCGGCUCCGGUCGACAUUUGGAGGAGCACUGGAGAAGGAGUUGCCGCCUCACUCAGGGCUCUCGGCCUACCGGUGGGCCCCGUUGUCACCAUGGAAACUAACGCCAAGGAGGGUGCUCGGGAUGCACUUCAAGCAAUCCGAAAUGCGGACAAGGUCAAAGUUGUGAUCUUGUGCAUGACGUCUGUCCUCAUUGGUGGGGAGGAUCAGCGAAAGCUCCUCUUGGCCGCUCUGGACAUGGGCAUGGUGUCUGGCGGCUACGUCUUUAUUCCAUAUGACGCCCUGUUGUACGCGCUGCCCUACCAGGACACAACCUUCCCCCAGCUGACCAACAGCACCCAACUUCGUCAUGCCUACAGCGCCGUUCUGACUGUCACCAUGGCGUCGGAUCAAAAUUUCUACAAAGCAUUUCGCCAGGCCCAAAUGAACAGAGAGAUCCGAUCGGCCGUGGCAGCUGCGGAGGUGUCUCCGCUUUUCGGAACCAUCUUCAACAUGGUUUACUUCGUGGCCAAGGCCGUGGAGGAACGUCGUCAGGCGGGCGGCGGGCGAUGGGUGACGGGCGGUCAGUUGGUCCGCUCGGACGGAGGAUUCGACUUUCAGGGAUUCAACCAGGUGUUGUACGGCGGCAGCGACGGCCUCGGGAUGCAGGCGGGCUACGUGGUGCUGGACUGCAACGGCGACAAACUUAUGCCCACGCACACGCUCGCUCCAACGUCCACCAUCGGGCCGGUUGGAACUCUCUUGCCGCUGAGGCGCUCCUUCAGCUUCCCGGGAGGGAGACCGCCCAGCGCCAGCUUCUGUUGGUUCGAUCCUGAUGAGGCUUGCAAAGGUGCGCUAAAGACAAAUGCGCCCACCAAAUUGUUUUUGUUUUGUGUACGUCGUGCGAUUUCAUUUUUGUCCGUAGACACGGACGCUGUGACGGGAUUCUUUCUCUUAAUCGUCUGCGUUCUGCUUGGAGCCAUUUUCUUUUGGUUCAGGAAAUGGAGGGGAGCAGAGAACACCUCCAAACUCAUUCUGACGCUGGAUGACAUAGUCUUCAUCGACACUCAAGUCAGCAGAAAGAAGCUAAACGACGAAUCGAUCAUGAGGAGUCUUCUGGAAAUCAAAACGCCGUUCCGCUCCAUCGCCAGAAGUUACAUACUGACCACACCCGAGAGCUCCAAUAUCGGAAUCCUGGAGGGAGACUGGGUUUGGCUCAAGAAGUUCCCGGUGACGGGGACCACGACAGCUGUCAGUCAACGCACACAGAGGCUUUUCACCCAGUUAAGGGACAUGAGACACGAAAACCUGAAUCUCUACUUGGGCCUCUUUGUGGACUCGGGAAUCUUUGCCAUCGUGGUGGAGCACUGUCCUCGCGGCAGCCUGGCGGACCUUUUAGCCGACGGUGACAUGAGGUUGGAUUGGAUGUUCAAGUCGUCCCUCCUGAUGGACCUCAUCAAGGGGAUGAAGCAUCUUCAUCUGCGGGGUUUAAGUCACGGACGUCUCAAAUCCACAAACUGUCUGGUUGACGGGCGUUUUGUGUUGAAGAUCACGGAUUACGGAAUUCCCAUGAUCCUUCACUCGGAGAGCCUCAACACUGUUGAAGACCCGCAGGAACUGUUGUGGACGGCACCUGAGCUCUUGAGGUGUCCCGUCAGAGGAGGCACCAUGGCCGGGGACGUGUUCAGCUUCUCCAUCAUCAUACAAGAAGUCAUAUCGCGAACUCCCCCCUACGCCAUGAUGGACAUGCCUGCCCUAGACAUCGUGGAGCGGUUGAAGCAACCGCCGCCUCUCUGCCGGCCCGUCAUUUCUGUGGACGAAGCGCCGGCCGAAUGUCUCUCGCUGAUGAACGAAUGUUGGAACGAAGACCCAGCCAAGAGGCCGAACUUUGAUGAGAUCUUCAAGCAGUUUCGGGGCAUCAACAGAGGGAAGAAAGCGAACAUCAUUGACUCCAUGCUUCGGAUGCUGGAGCAAUACAGUUCCAACCUGGAAGAUCUGAUCCGAGAAAGAACCGAUGAACUGGAGGUGGAGAGAAACAAGACGGAUAAGCUAGUGGGACAACUGCUGCCCAAGUCGGUGGCUCAGUCUCUGAAGAAAGGGAAGCCGGUUCGACCGGAGCAUUACUCGGACUGCACUCUCUACUUCAGCGACAUCGUCGGAUUCACGACCAUCUCUGCUCUCAGCGAACCCAUCGAGGUGGUGGACCUGCUCAAUGACCUCUAUACCAUGUUUGAUGCCAUCAUCGCAUCUCAUGAUGUCUACAAGGUGGAAACGAUCGGCGACGCCUACAUGGUGGCCUCCGGCGUUCCCAACCGGAACGGCAAUCAACACGCAGCCGAGGUGUCCAACAUGUCGCUGGACAUCUUGCACUCCAUCGGAACGUUUAAGAUCAAGCACAUGCCUGAGAUUAAAGUCAAGAUAAGAAUUGGACUCCACUCCGGUCCAGUUGUAGCAGGCGUGGUGGGUCUCACCAUGCCCAGGUACUGCCUGUUCGGCGAUACUGUGACCACUGCUUCACAGAUGGAAGCCUCCGGACUUCCAUACAGAAUCCACAUCAGUCUGAGUACGGUCAAGGUCCUGACAAGCCUCAAACUGGGUUACCACAUGGAAACCAGAAAAGCUCAGGUGAAAGGUUCCGAGGACACAUUUUGGCUGGUGGGACGUGACGGCUUCAGUAAACAUCUGCCUGUUCCUCCGGACCUCCAGGGGGGGGCCAGUAACCAUGGAAUCAGCCUCGAUGAAAUCCCGGUCGAGAGAAGACAGAAGUUUCUGGACCGACAGAAGAAAAUAAAGAAAUAGACAUUGCCAAUGGUUUCACACAUUUGCGAGCUCGCACACACACGCGCACACACACACACACGCACACACGCGCACACGCACAUGCACACGCACACACACACACACACACACACACGCACGCACACACUACCUCUGAGUCUGCUUUUGAACAAUUUAGUGUAAAUAAAGCAAAAUGUGUUUUUUUAAGG